AUGGAGGAGGCUGAUUUCUGUAGCGUGUGGGAGGCGCAGAAUAAGGCAUUGCUCUUGGCAGAAGCACUACGCUCCAAUGCUUUUGAUGUUGAUUUCGACAAGCGAGCAAAGACCUGGGUGACGUAUGCAAUUGCUGAUGAUUCUGCAUUGACAUCCAUUCCAUCCUCGCCAUUUUGCAAAGUUUUCACAUCAGGCAAACCUGUUGGUCAUGCACCAGAUGGAACCCUUGAGCCUUCUGGACCAAACCAACCUGAACCUCGAAGCGACAGACCUUUGAAUCGACCACCGCCCACUGCGGAGUUCCCAGCCUUGAUACAUCACGUCUGGCAGCGGCUUCUCGAAGAAGGAGUUUCUGAAACAGAUGAGGAAGGUCCAGUCUGUCAUCUCAACUCAUAUUACAUUAGCCACUUGACUGCCCAACGACAAGAACAUGGCCGACCUGUUAGAUUCAAUGGAAAUUUCAGGAAUUGGCAGCGAGAAGUUCCCCUUGUCUGGGCUGAUCAAUUCGACCCCAACAGAGACUAUGAGGUGAUUUUUGUGGUUCCCGAACCUCCUGUCACUGUUCAACGCGAUACAGUUGGAACCAUCUUGAUCAUCCAACACCCGGACGAGACCCGGGCAGCCUGUUUGACCACAGCAUGGAUUCCUGAUGUACCGACUUUCCAAACGAUUCAGAUCGCCCACUCCUUUCGGACGACGAUCGAUCGGAACCAACUUCUUCAACAUGGUGGCGUACUUGAGCUCUGCAACGACAGACAUGAUCGAGGUUUUGGAGUUUGCAGAGUUUGCGUGGGUCGUAUUGAAUAUCCACUUCAUCGCCCAGUACGCAUUCAUGACGGGUUGGGGCUUUUGCUGGAUGUCCCACCGCCCAUGCCACCGAGGGAAUGGGAAAACUAUCUGGUGGAAAGGAUCCGAUUGCAGGCGGCCGAGAUUCCAAGAUUCUUUGAAGAGGACGAGGAUGCCCUGAACUUAAUGGCUCGGUCGCAUACAGCAAGUCUCAAUACAGGAGGUCGUGGUACUGACGUUCCAGGUGAUGACAUGCUCACUUCUGAUAGUGGCACUGGCACUUCCUCCUUGACCAGUGACCCAUAUUGGCAGGCUGUCAGAGUCUUCACCCUUGACAGACAAGAAGUUGACCUCGAGGUUCCCUGGCAUGACGGGCGUGAACUUUACCAUCGAGUUGCACGCCAUUUCCACAUUGAACCAUCUCAAGUGGAUUGGAUCUACACGAUCGCACAUGGACCAGAAGAUCUCGCAAGCAACGAUCAAGUUGGACUUCUUUUACGUCAACGACACGAUCUCCCUGAGGCUGCCAUUUUACGACUCACCUUGGUGGAUGUUGAGUACAAGCAAGAUCGAUUUGGCCCGGCAACGCUCAUUGACCGACGUGCCAGAUGGAUCCCACGCAGAAUCACCAGAAGCUCACUUAUUAGACUUCUUGGUUAUGAAGGUCACUGUAGUGAGGAUCCAUCGAGAUGCUGGCUUUGGAUCGACAACACACGUGUGCCAUUUGAACUUCCUCCAGAGGAGCAAUUGCGAAUCACACAUGGUGACUACAUUCGACUUGCUGUACCGGCUUUCCCUGACAGAUCUCUCUGUGACACUGGUGAAAAUCCUCUGCCACCUGAUUUGAAUGCCACACAUGAUCUCAUGCUUGCCACAGUGGAUGAUGUCCAGAUUGACGACAACAUGCAAGAGAUCUUUGAUGGUGUAGUGGAGUUUGGCAUUGUCACUAUGAGCACUGAGACAGAAGAUGACACGGGAUUCCUGCAGCUUGAUGCCAACACUCAUCAUUUGGGUCCACAGCAUGAACAAGGACCUCCCAGCUUUCAUAGCUGUUUGGUUUCGAAUCCUGGAAUUGUCAAUCGAGCUCCUGACAGACUCCUUCCUGAAGGACGCCUCCAUGAUCGCUGGGCACCUCUUCGUGACCUCUGGAAUCAACCGAGGCUACAGGUGCGAGGGCUACAAAAUGAGCCGGUUAUCCACUUUGAGACAUGGUAUCUCAGUAGCCGUGGCUUUGCUCGCUGUUCCACGUCCAGACGUGUGGCUUUGGGAGAUGAUUUCCACCGCUGGAUUGCCCACUUGAGGAGCACAUGGAGAGACAGGGUCAAUCCGAGACGGCCAGCCGAGCUAAUCAUCGCCCAACCCUCCACGAUUGGAGAACCAGGUGGCGGACAUUUGAUCCUCACCCAGGAUGUAGCCACAGAGGAAAGAGCCACGUUGUUCAGCGUCUAUUGGACCUCUCAUCAUCGACUACAAGACAGAUCAGCCGAACUUGUUAGCAGACGAUUCUCGAGAGAUGAUGUUUUGCAACAAUCUGAGCUGCAUCUACUGUGUCGUCUUGGCAGACUCCGAUGCCGAGUAGCAGUUGGAGCCCAUACCAUUGAAGCUGACGAAGUAUGGCCCAUUCAACCUGGUACCCACUUUGAUAUCUUCACAGACACCCCAUUUCAAGAAGAGGUCUUUGACGUCAAUGAGGACCAGGUCACCUUCAUGCAGAGCACCAACAGUGUAGGCACUACUCCGACGACCUCGCCAAGACCACAUGCAGAUCAGGGGUGUGCCCCUUUUCUUUUCAAUGCUGACGCACCAGCAUGGUCGCCCACCAUUCCUGCCAUCACCACCAUGCAUGAGACCAUACAAGAUCUCUAUGCCCUCUGGCGUGCCAGAACGUUCUCGUGGGAAGGUGAAGAGCGCACUGGACUGGUGAUCACUUGGUACGUGGACCAACAAGAUCCUGAUCGUCGAGUUUGCAAUCGUCCACGUCCAGUUCGUCUCACGUCGACCUACCACACGUGGGAACAGCAAAUCCAACAGGCAUGGCAAGACACUCUCCUUGCCCAUGAACCUUGUCACCUUGCCAUUGUCAGUCCAGCACCGCCGCACAUGGAAACGGAAGUUGUGGCUCACAUCAUCCUUGUGCAACGACCUGCUGACACGUUUUGUACCAGCCUUCUGACGAUCUAUGACCAUACCAUCCCGCAAGUCGGUACUACUCAGCAGCUCGCUUUGACCACGCAUGAGCACAUUUUCCUGGAGCAGCUGAUCCACAGCCUUGGACGCACCAACCAAUGCUUGAUGGCAGGAGCGACUCAUCAAUGCCAGGCCUGGUAUGGUUCAAUGCGACUAAUCCUUGGCACCCCCUUACAGGGUCGGGAUGGAUAUGGACUCGUUUUGCUCUUCAACAUGCGACCUCCUGCUGCUGCGGGCAUGGCCAUGCUUCAGACUCAAGCGAGUCGAAAGCGAGCAGUUGACGAGCGCCUAACACAUGGGCAGGUGGCUCACACCCAUGGGCCGCAACUGCCUCACCGAAUCUGUCUUGAGGAGCUCAUCGAGGAACCAGGACCAGCCCUACAUCUGGUGCCCUACAAGAUCUUAUGGGACGUACCCUCACUGGAGCGACCCAAAGAACUUUUCCUCAUGGAUGGGGCCAUGGAACAUGACGUCGAGCAGGCCCUUGCGGACCAGCAUCUUCAGACGCAUGCUUACCAAAUGGGUCGCACUGGGCAGUUCUUUUGCGUUCCAAUGGCGUGGAAUCCACCAGAGGAUCAGUUCCACUACCUAUAUGUCAAUCCACAUGACACUGAUGCUGAAUCGGCUUUUCUUCACAUGGAGAAACGACCUUUGCAUGAAUUGGAUCAUAUGCAGUUGCUCCAUCGCAUUGGCUAUACGAGAGCAGUCAUCCUGGACAUGCAUUGUCUCAGAUCACGAUUGACUCGCAUCCUCUACCACAAUAACAGCCCGGCCUUGGAGCAUAUGAUCAGUCAGCAUAAGAUCAAACGAGCCAAUGCCUGGCCAUCUGAACAGGCCACUACGAGGGUGGGUCCCAUGAUUGAUCUACAACACCUUCAACGUCGGACAUCGUCUAUGGUCUUAGAGAUCGACGUUGAGCUGAUCCAGGACUUUUUUCACUCGGCCACGGAUCUUUUAUGUCCAUGGUUUUCCCACCUUGAUCUCCCGGAAACCACGUGCACGGCUCUUGCCAGCAUGCCCACAGAUCCGGAUUGGGAGAAGCUCGAUCGGCUCAUCAUCUACACAGACGGCAGCUCACAAGGGCAGCUUCGAAGGCGACCUCCCUUAUGGGCGGAGGAGCAUGCCAGCACUGAUGCAUGGGCUUUUCUUGUUCUAGGAGAACGAUAUGCCAGACCAGAUGAGGCGGGUGCCCUGUACUUCAUUGGUUGGCAAGCCCACAAUGUAGUGUAUCGUGCUGACACCACUCAUCAUUUGGGUACAUCCGACCUGGGAUCGGAGCAUGCAGAACGUGAGGGUAUGUUUUGGGCCGGACUUUGGCGUUUGGCUUGCAAUAGCACCCUGCCAACCAUUUUCAGGCCGGACUCCCUCUCCACAGCUCAACAAGCAAUGGGAGAAUCUGGCACCAAUCACGCCACGGCUCCCUAUGUCGCAUUGCGAUCCACCUUUCAAGCCUUACAAUCUGGACUGGGAGAGGGCUUGCAAGUUGACCCGGUUCGAAGCCACAUGAACGAACCGUGGAAUGACAUGGUGGACUUCCUCGCAAAGCACCAAGCCAAACAUGACCAGAAACUUACUCGACAAGAUGUUGAUCUACGCAAGCUCCAGCCUUUCCUGCCGUAUUUCUGGAUGCUCCUUGACAAGAGGUCAGGACUACCUGACUUGUGCCUGGAAGGCUUUGAAGUCAUGCCACCCGAUCUACCACCAUCAUGUAGACCUUCUACCAAGCCACACCAUGAUUCAAUCGCAGGCAUUGGUCGACUUGACGUCAGUCUCCUGUCUGUGAAUGUGAUGUCGCUUUACAAAGGACCUGAUGGAGUGAGUGGCAAACUGCAUUACCUCCGCCGACAAGUGAUUGACCUCAAGUUCAACUUUGUGGGGAUCCAAGAAGCAAGAAGUGAAGCUGGCAGAACGUGCGUUGACAAUCUUAUCAGGUUUGCCAGUGGAGCGGUCAAUGGACAGCUCGGUGUGGAGCUCUGGGUCAACCUGAACCAGCCAUUUAUUCGCACCACUGAUGAUCCGUCACAAGUGGUCUACUUUGGCACUGACAAUUUUCAAGUUGUGCACGCAGAUCCACGGAGACUUCUGAUUCGAGUCUCCCACCCGAGCUGGAAGUGCAUCCUUUUUGUUGGCCAUGGACCUCAUACAGGGCGCCCUGACGAUGAAAGAUCUCAGUGGUGGAAGGAGACCAUUGCCUUAGUCAGACACUACAGGAGAGGCAUGCCUGUCUUUGCAUUUCUCGAUGCCAAUGCGCGCACAGGACCGAGUAUGCCGCCGCAUAUCUUGGAGAUUGAUGAUGUGGAGAAUGCAAACACAGCUCUUUUCCGUGAAUUUCUUUGCGCACAUGAUCUUGCGUUGCCUUCAACGAGCAGUUGUCAUCGAGGAGACCAAGCCACAUGGUUUGCCCCCAAUGGAGGACAAGGACAACGCAUUGACUAUAUAGCAUUGCCAGUUCAUUUUCGCACAGCAUGCGCCUUCUCUUGUGUGGUUGAGACGCUGGACCUGGGAAAUGCUCGAGAUGAUCAUUUUGGAGUUGGUGUACAGCUCUCCUGGGAUGACAUUGUUCACAAUUUGAAAAACCCCAAGGAUAGCAAGACCAAGCAUCGCUUUGAUCGUGCCAAGAUCGGCCUGCCGCAGACCACUGGACUUCUGGACCAAGUUCAACCCCGGCCAUGGUCGUGCGACAUUCAAACGCACGUCACCCACUUCAAUCAAGAGGUCCUUGGAAACCUUGAGCGUACAUGCAAGCCUGCUCACAGCAAACCCAAGAAGCCCUACAUCUCAGAUGAGACUUGGGCCAUUAGAUCAGAAAAGCUAGAGCUUCGUUCAAGACUCAAGGAUUCCAGCAAACAACACCGGCUGCAUCUUCUACGAAAGAUUUUGAAGGCAUGGAGCAGUGACGCACCCAUAGAGGAAGAUGUCAUGCUUGCUGAUUGGCGCUUUCAGACCACUUGGUAUUGCCGCUCCAUUCGUCUUUAUGUUCGUUUUCAUCAACUUGGGAAACGUCUUCGCCAAUGUCUACGCUCUGAAAGGCAACGACAUUUAGACCAGGUCUUGAAUACCCUCGAUGCCAAUGCUGCCACUGGUGAGAUUUUGCAUCGCCUCAAACCUUUCAUUGGGCCAACCAACCUCAAGAAGUUGCAUGCUCGCACCUUGCCCAUGGUCCGCAAACCAGAUGGUGAGGUCUGCGAGACCAGAGAGGAGGCUCGAGAUCGCUGGAUCUCAUUUUUUGGCCAGAUGGAGGGCGGUCAGAGGAUCAGUUUGGAUGACCAAUGGACACAAUGGAGAGAGGGUCUCUUGCAAUUCCAGCAGACGCCGGACCUGGCUAUGACCCUGCAGGACAUUCCCUCUUUGGUGGAGCUUGAACAAGCAUAUCGGAGAGUUUCCCUGGGCAAAGCGACGGGUCUUGAUGGUGUUCCUUCGGAAUUAUGUCAUUAUUUCCCGAGGGACAUGGCCAGACUCACCUAUGCCAUGAUGAUGAAAGCCUGUAUCCAUGGUCAAGAAGCAGUGACCCACAAAGGUGGGAGAUUGGUGCAUGUCUACAAAAACAAAGGAGAUCCUCGAGAAUGUUCCUCCCAUCGAUCAUUAUUGAUCUCCAGUCAUGUUGGGAAGACUUUGCAUCGUGCACUGCGACAGCAUCAUUAUCGACUUUAUGCCAGUUAUCAACAAGGACAACAAGUUGGCGGCAGACAAAAGAUGCCAGUAGGUGGUGCCCUGCACAUGUCCCGGGCAUAUCUCCGUUUGCAACGUGAGGCGAAGAGACCUUCAGCGAUGAUUUUCCUCGACCUCACGGAAGCCUUCUAUCGCGUUGUUAGACCUCUGGCGGUUGGAGGCCGCCUUAGCGAUCAAUGCAUAGAACACAUGAUUGUGAGACUGGGCUUACAGCCGUCAGACUUGGAAGAGCUCUACACACAUUUGCGCAGUCCAUCAGCACUGGAGCUUGCGGGCGCCCCUGCGCAUGUGCAGAACCUCUUGAAGGCCAUCCACCACGAUACGUGGUUUGUUGUGGACGACCAGGAAGACGUUGUGCGCACGGAACUUGGUUCCAGGCCCGGUGACGGGUUCGCUGACGUCAUCUUCGGCUUCCUAUGGGGCAAGCUCCUUCGCCAGCUGGAACGAGAGCUUGUGACAUUGGAUAUCCUGGAUCAUUUUCCUCAAGAGCAUGGCCUAGCAUGGAACACAGGAGCGCAUGAUGCCCACCGCAGUGAUGAGGACAUUUUACAGGCCACUGGCCUGCCACAACCUGCUGAACUCCUUCGUCGAGCCAGGUUGAGAUACUUGGGCACUUUGUAUCAAGCUGGUGACAGUAUUUGUUGGGGACUCAUCAAUCAAGAUGCCGGCUGGCUUGCCCUUUUGCGCACCGACCUGGAGUGGCUAUGGGCCCAACUGGAGAACAGCACAUCCUUGGGACAUCCUGGUGAACACUUUGCUGCAUGGGAGGAGAUCAUUCUACACUACCCUGGGUAUUGGAAGAAACUCAUCAACCGAGGAAUUCGCCACGCUUCUCAACAGCGUAGGAAGGAGCAUAUUGUGGCCAGUUUUCAUCGAAGAAUUUUCCUCUACCUUGAGAAUGUAGGUGCGAUUGAUCACACUCUCCUACGACAAGCCCCAUCAGUUGCCAUGGGGCAUUUUGGAUGUAUGCAGUGCAACCAGAAAUUCCUGAGUCGAGCAGGUGAAGGUGCGCACCUUUUCAAACGACAUGGUAUUUGUGCCGAAGCACGCAGCUUGUUUGAUGGUACGAGUUGUCCCUGCUGCUUGCGCAACUACCACUCGUACUCCCGUGUGCUUGCACAUCUGCGCCAUGCACACGCAUGCCGUCGAACACUGGUGGCAAGAGGCACGCGAUGCACUCCGGUGGCUGGCCAAGGUUCCAAGACUGAUGACCAGCUUCUUGCGGCCAAUGAUGGAGCAUUGCCGUUCCUGCAAGCCCAGGGGCCAAGCCAACCUACAGGUGCUCUGCAGGACUUCCUUGACUUUGACCUUGAGACCUAUGAAGCCUCUUAUGAAGCCAUUCUCAACAGCGACACCGUUGACAACGCCAUGGGGGCAGUCCGCGAGGUUGUGACAUCGCGACCAAUCUCGUGGACAAGAUGCAGACGCACUCUGGAGCAGCUUCGAGGUGAUCUCACGGAAGAGCACUUGGGAGACGUCGCCAUCUCUCUCACUGCGCUGCAGCAGAUGCUUCAGGAGCUUGCGGACCCCUACGCAUGGAACUUCCUUGCUGAUGAUGAGAGGUCCUUCAAAGGCAAGCUCGGUGACCAUGUACAAUUUUGGGAAGCACGUGCGCAGCACUUAGUGGAAGAAGGACUCAGAUUUUGGCCAUUUCAUCGGCCACGAUGGCUAGGCACAGUCACUAAGGAUGGGCUGCCGCCCUUCGGAGCCUGUUGUCACAACGUGCAGUUCCUGCCCUUUCUGCCGGACAUCUGCGAUUUCGACGACCCCGUCCUGAUACCUCCUUCUCCACGCCUGGCGAAGGUCCAGCGCGGCGGCGCGGCGCUGGCGGCGCUGCCCUCGGCGCUGCCCGAGGCCAACGGCUUCGUGGCGCUGGUGGCGGACGCGCCGAUGCCGCUGGAUCCGCUGGAGGGUGCCCGCCUUCCUGGCUUCGGAGAUCAGCUGAUGCAUCUGAGCCGCUGGCGUCUCCCGGGCCCGGUUGCGGGGCCAAGCUCGUUGGACGUCUACGUGGGCUUCGAGUAUUUGUGCCCUUUGGGGCAUCGCUUCUUCGCCCCACCACCCAAGUACUCCGGGCUGGAGUCUGAGGGCAAGCGCCGGGGCCGCAGGAAGGAGCAGGGACCAUCUCUGGACGAAGGUGACCUGCAAUCGAUUCCCCUCUGUGGCUAUCGCCUCUAUGUCUUCUGUGUACAACAUCGACGACACAAAGGUCGAAAUCGGAGUGACCCACCCUGCGUGGCACAACUCAUGCGCAUCUGGGUGCAAACACCUCGUCGCAGGGAGGUCAUCGAAGCGGAACCCAGGGUGCAAAUGGUGGACGUCAAAGGCGAAGCGGGCCCAGAUGGCAGAGCGCCUGAGGUGGUGAUGACAGGUGGAAAGGUGGUGCUCCCCCCGGGCAUGUUGGUUCAACUGGUGCUGCCUUCGGCCUACUACCGUGCCUUGAGUUUGGCUGUGGGAUGGGGCUGUGGAAAUCCAUAUGGCUUUUCCGAGGAAGGCGCCAGCGGCGAUUUGCCCAGCUUCUGGGAACUGAGUUCGGAAGCGGUGGUUACCAUAUCUAUUGACCCUGCGCCCUCCAUCGUGAUCCGUGAUGUGACCACGGUUUGCGCCCAUAUCAACCUGGCUGCCAUUUCCAAAGAGGUAAGCCUUUUCUUCUCUGACAUGGCUGGCUUCACAAGUAUAGUGGAGCAGUUAGUGCCAGAGCAGACGUUGGUGCUGCUGAGCCGAUAUUUCAACGAUAUGUCGAAGAUCAUCGAAAGCUUCGACGGUGUGGUCAUCGAAUUCAUCGGCGACGCCAUUCUGGCGGUCUUCGGCGCUCCGGCCAAGGUCCGAGAUCAUGCAUUGGCCUGUGUUCGCGCCACGUUGAAGAUGCAGCGAGGUGUGCAGAAGAUCAACCACUGGUCUCAGAAGAAGGGCCUGCCACAUGUGAGCAUUCGCUGCGGCAUCCAUUCCGGCUGGGUCUCGGUGGGAAAUCUGGGCUUCCACUCGCGGCUGAAGUUUGGCGUCAUCGGCGAGAACGCCAACGUGCCAGCCAAGUUGGAGGAGCUGAAUAAGACCUAUGGCACUCCAAAUCUCAUCUCCGAGGCAACCUACAACAGAUUGCCGGGUGAGGAUUUUAUUGUCAGACCGAUCGACUAUGUCGACAUUUGGCACGAUGAGGGCCUGCAGGAGCCUGUCUACGAGGUGAUGUCAUAUCUGGGUGGUGCACGCCCCAGCUGGAGGUACAACCUUCGACAUGACUUGGCUCAGAAGUACAAGCACGCUCUCAGCUACUAUGAGAACCGCAACUUCGACAAGGCCGAAGCCAUCUUUCGUGAGGUGAGUUUGCAGAUGGGUCAGCACUUUGGCACCUUCGACAAACCCUCGGUGGUCAUGAGAAAACGCGCCAAUUACUACCAGAGAAAUCCUCCACCCGCGCACUGGAAGGGCAUUUGGACCCUGCCACGGGAGCCCAAUGAAAGCGUGGCUGGGUGGAAAAGGAACGGUGGAAAAAUGGCUUGGGAAGGGGUAGUAUGGUUGGAGAUGGUUUAUGUAGAUAUGGUUAGAUAUGAUUAG